UCCAACUUUCAACCUGGUCAAGCAGAAAAGCCUUAAUAUCAAUAUGCUGUGGCUCUUAGCCUAGCCACAAAGGAUUACAAUUUACAAAUUUAAACUCUUGUGAUGUUCAGCUUCAAGAUGGCAACUGCUACUAUUCCUCUAUCUUUUGCUAUCUUCUUUCUCAUCACUCAUUCUGUGCUUCCAAGCUCCACCGAAGCAAAGGGAACCCUUCCAAAAUGUCCACCAGUUCUGUGUGGAAAAAAUGGUCGGACUCAGCUCCCUUUCAACAGAGUGAUGAACCCUCAAUGUGGGGUGGUCAAGCUGAACUGUUCAGAAAAUGGACCCAGGAUCCAAUUGAAAGGAGGAGGCCACUGGUUUAAGAUUGAGAACAUCUCUCAGUCUCAGCCAGAUUCUACAAUUUCAAUAGAUGUCAAGGACGCACUACCUGCGGAUUUACAAGAUCGUUGUAAGUUGAUGAAUGAGUACUCUCUUCCCAGCCCAACUGAUUCUUAUAACUUCACAGCUGAGAUCUCAUCAACGCUUUACAAUUGCACCAAAAAUCUUGGCUCUACUACGAAAGAUUUUGUCAAGACUGAGUGUAUUGGGUAUGAUUUCUACUACAAACCUCCAAACAUGAGUUUUCCAUACGAAAAACAAUGUCCAAACACCACACUUCCAUUUUAUUCACCUUUUAUUCCUUUCACUUUGCAAGUGAAAAUAAGCUCUUCUUGUUUUGGAUGUGAUAUGAGAGGAGGGAAAUGCCACAAUACUACCAACAAUCAAUUUCGGUGUUCUUUGCCCCCCAAAAAAGGACACAAGAGGAAAAUGCUAAAGUUAGGAGAAGGAUUAGCAAUUAUUUUUGGUGGAAUUGGGAUACUUGUGAUUGUGCUCAUCUGCUGCUUGAGGAAGUUCUCAAUAUUGUGUUGGAAGAAACAUAAUGAUGCUCAUCAAAGUAUUGAGGCAUUCCUAAAUACAUGUGGCCCUCUUCAAGUUAGAAGAUAUAGUUAUUCGAAUAUUAAGAAAAUGACAAACUUAUUCACAAAAAAACUAGGCCAAGGAGGCUUUGGUAGUGUUUACAAAGGAAAAUUACAUGAUGGACAUCUUGUUGCAGUGAAGAUGUUAAACGAAUUGAAAGCCAAUGAUGGAGAAGACUUUAUUAACGAGGUCGCAGCAAUCAGCAGAACUUCCCAUGUCAAUGUUGUCAGAUUGUUAGGAUUUUGUUUUGAGGGUGCUAAAAAGGCUCUCAUCUAUGAGUUCAUGCCUAAUGGCUCUCUUGAAAAAUUUGUGUACGAUGAAAAUGAAACUGAAGAAAGUUAUCAAUUAGAUUGGGAAACAUACUAUGGAAUCUCACUUGGCAUUGCUAGGGGAUUAGAAUAUUUGCAUCGAGGUUGUAACACGCGGAUUUUACAUUUUGACAUCAAGCCUCAUAACAUUCUUCUUGAUGCAGACUUUGUGCCAAAAAUAUCAGAUUUUGGCCUAGCCAAAGUCUGCACUAGGAAAGAUAGUCUACUCUCAAUGUUGGGUCCAAGAGGUACUAUUGGGUAUAUUGCUCCAGAAGUUAUCUAUAGAAACUUUGGAGCGGUUUCCCAUAAGUCUGAUGUCUAUAGUUUUGGAAUGAUGAUUUUAGAAUUGGUGGGUGGGAGAAAAAAUGUGAAUGUUAGAACAGAAGAUAUCAAUGAUAUAUAUUUUCCACAAUGGAUCUACAAGCGCCUUGAGGUUGAAGAACUAGGGCUCAAGACAGUUAUGAACGAAGAUGAUAAUGUAAAAGCAAGGAAGAUGAUUAUAACGAGUUUGUGGUGCAUACAGACUGAUCCCUCAAGCCGACCAACAAUGAGUAAAGUCAUAGAAAUGUUGGAAGGUAGCCUUGACUCAUUGCAAGUACCACCCAAGCCUUUCUUGUCUUCCCCACCAAGACCACCAUCAUCUGAUUCUUCUACUACAUUUUUAUCUCUAUAAGUAGUAUAAAAUCUCAAACAUAAAAUUUGGGAGUAUACAUAAUCUGUAUAAUGGAAGCACUUGGUUAAAGAGUAAAUUGUCUAGCAACGUUCAUUGAGAAAAUUUCAAGAUUUUUCCAAAUAUUUAAUUUGGGCAAAAAUGUUGUACUCUAAUUUUUUUUUUUAGCUAUAUCACAAUUCCAUUAUCUAUAAAAAGGGUACUAACUACCAUGAAUUUCCCUAAA